UUUUAGAAAAAGAUUAACAAUGAAUAACACUGUGUUAGAACCUCCGUAUUCCAAACCAUAUUGGUUAGCAUCAGAAGUCGGGAUCUGGGUUUGUACAUUAAGUUUUGUCUAUUUGCUGCUCGGUUGCGCGCUUUAUUUGGCAAGUUUUGGGAAAGACAAGAAAAAAGUGACAACAGAACAAAAGUUACUGCGGAUUUGUGUUUUUAGUUCUUGCUUCGCGUUGGCGCGUAUGGUGUCGGAUCAUACGGUAGCUUUUGUUGGAUGGAGGAACAACACAACAUGUAUACGGACGGUCAACGUCAGCACUGCUUUGUAUGCGCCAAGUAUUUAUUCUAUCUAUGUCUUCCUGUGGUUUCGACAAAACGAGUUUUACUCCAACCCAAUAUUGAAACACCUCGCCAACAAACAUUUGAUUCGGUUCAGCCGCGUCACAAUCCUUCUAUUGUUCAUCGCGGGGUUCGCGGUGACGGUGUUGUUCCAAAUUCCAGAGGUUACAGGAUGGGACUUCAAGGCGACACCUAGCGGUUGUAUUGACGUGGCCGACAUCGCGGAUAUUGAAGCCCUCCCAACUAUCCUUGUCGUGAUAACUAUCGUUGGGCAAGUGGCUCUGCUGGGGUUGCUUGUCUAUCCAAUACUUGUUACAAAGAAGAACCAGCAGCAAAUGACGUCAUCGAGGAGUGUGACGUCACCGAAGGUUGACCGAUCCCGCCCGUUGUUGCAACAAGCCAUCGUAGGCCGUAUGCGUGAAAGGGGCUCCGUUGGUAUGGAUGCCGCCCGGAAGUCAAGUGACGUCAUCGAUGACGUGGGUAGCAGUGACGACGACAUCUCGCAUAGCGAACUUUGUUGGAGCGAGGGGGAAAGUACCGACUGUGAAAGUCAAGCUGGUGACAUCACAAUGCAUGGGUCAACGAGAGGUCAUCGGUUUACAAGGAGGGACGGGGGAUCCCCUGCCCCGAGAAGAGUAGCGUCACUAGGAUCACCUAAGAGGAUCAAAGUCCGGAAGUUGAGGAGAACACCACGGAAGUCUUCCAUGAGGAAGAGGGAACAAAAGUUGACGAUUCUGAUCAAGAAAGUUUCAAUCCUGGCAUCGAUAUGUGUUGCGUCCGAUGUCACAGCAACCAUACUGCAGAUCAUGAUAUCUCUACCGGAGUUGGUUUAUUUCUUUAUAUUUGACGUCAAUUUGUUGAUCAACACCGUUUGUGUGUUGUUGUCAUUCAAACAAUGGAGAAAAAUAUUCUUUCCAAGAUUCACCCCACCGACCCCCCAACCCCAUGACCCACCCAGCUCAGGGGGAAACACCACCAACACCCACCUACCCAACCACGACCCCCAUGGUAGAAACCUCGAUAAUGUUUCGAUCCGAAGUGGAUUGUCGACGCACACAGAGAUGAUUGUGAUGUCACGGUCGGGAACGCCAGAGGUCCAUGAUGUCACAAGGGUUUAAUUGUGAUGUCACAUGAGUUGAAAGCCCACCAAUAAAAAAAAAUAUUUAUUGGCACGUGUAUGUCAUUUCUACAUCUUUCGUUUUUAUCCCCCGCAAUACAUUAAGUUUGUUUGUCGCUGUUUAAUUGUGAUGCAACAACCAGUGUAAUAUCUUGACCUUGUAUUCAUUGCACAACGAAAUAUAACGCGUUCU